AUGUUCGCGUGCAAUGGAGUGCUGCGAAAAAGCGAUUUCGCCGUCGACGUGUUCGAGUACUCGCCAGUUCCGUUCGGAUUAGUACGGUACGGAGUAGCUCCCGAUCAUCAAGAAGUGAGUGAUCGGAACAUAAAUCGGAGAGAAAACCAGUAAUAAUUCAGGUUAAAAAUGUGAUAAAUACAUUCGAUUUGAUGUUCGAAAGGAAUAGAGACCGGCUACAAUUAUUCUGCAAUGUGAAGUAAUCAGAAUCACUCUAAGUUGUUCAUUUCACAUCCUUUUCCCGUUUUCAGUAUCGGAAAAGACGUCACAUUCGACGAAUUGACGCGUGCAUACGAUGCAGUUCUCCUUGCUUACGGUUCCUACAAAACACGACAACUGGAUAUUCCGGGAAAAGAAUCGGCCAAUGUGAUAUCCGGAUCAGAAUUCGUCGGAUGGUACAACGGAGUUCCGAACGCCCCGCCUCCCAAUUUGUCCGACGUUUCCAACGUUGUGAUUGUCGGGAACGGAAACGUGGCUUUAGACUGUGCUCGGGUACUCUCCACAGCUGCCUCCGGCUCUCUGAAGGCCAGUGACAUUCCAUUAAAACGGCUGAUGGUGCUGGAGAAAGCGCCGAUCAAGGACAUUAAGGUGCUUGGCCGAAGAGGUCCUGAACAUGUGAGUGAAUUCUUUUGAAAGGGUACAAAACGAGCAGAUGUCCGCGAGAAGCCCUCUGCGUUCCUCCUCCUCCCCCUCCUCCGUCCUUAUUGAGCCGCCGCCAGCCAGUAUCGAUUCUUUCCUCCGCUUUCCCUCAACACGUCUCUCAUUUAUUUAGCCUUCUUGUUUUAGGUCUCAUUCACGAUCAAAGAGCUUCGAGAGCAAUUCAAACUCAAAGAAUGGGACAGCAAAUUGGAAUUGUCGGAGGUAGACAAGGAGAAAUUGAUAGAAAGUAUGCCAGGAUUGGAGAGAAAAAAGAAACGGCUAACUGAGGUACUCGUGAAGAAUACUGGAGUGGCGAGCGGGCAAAGACAGUGCCACUUCCUGUUUCAUCGAGUUCCCGAGCGGAUCGAAUCCGACAGAGACGGAAGGAUCGAGUCGGUGACUGUGAAGAACACGGAGAACGGAACGACGGAGAAGCUGCCGUGCGGACUGCUCAUCUACUCGAUCGGAUACGAGACUCUCGUUCUCGACGGAGUGCCCCAGAACGCUCGAAAGAUGAUCGACAUGAAGGACCACUGUCGGGUGAACAUGAGCGACACUUGCACCGCCCUAGUCUAUGCAACGGGCUGGUGUGCUUACGGACCUCGCGGUGUCAUCGUGGACACCCAACAGCAGUCGAUCUUCGUCGCCGAUCAAAUUGCUACGGAUUUUAGUAAUUCGAAAAAGAGCAGUGAGUUGUUCAGCAGAAGAUUGUGGGAAAACGAACAAUUUCAGCUGCUCCGGGAGUUGAAUUACUUCUGAAAGAACGGGCGGUCCCAUUCAUUUCGUGGGAUGCGUGGAAACUCAUCGAUCAGCAGGAGAAAAAACGAGGAGCUCUAAGUGGAAAGAUCCGUGAAAAGUUCACAAAGUUUGAUCGUUUUCUGACAAAGUAGGUUGCGGACGGAAAUUUUUAAGAAAACUAAACCGUUUGCAGAUAA